AUGAGCGGCGACGGGGUAGAUUACGGGUAUGGCUACCUGACACCUCAACCUGGCCGGCCGAGAAAGUCACUGGGACGACGCUUAAGUCUCGGUGCCAAGCGAGCCUUCAAGUCUCCUCUUUCACCGCCACUGAGCCCCGCAGCGUCUGGUGAACAAAAGUCGUCUAAUUCAUUUACCCGUGUGUCAAUGAUUGGUGAAGCGAAUAAUGCUGCUGACGAACAAUCACCAGUACAGAUCAGCCCACCACAAUCGACAGGAAGACGCCGCCUGAAAAUUGGAAACGCCCUGCGAAGCACAGUCCAUGGCGGCGGAGAUGAAAGGAGCGUAUCGUCCCAGCCUCGCCCAGAAUACAAACGUGGCACGUCGUUCACUCCCAGAGCCCUCAAGAAGAAACUGGGAAAGAAUCUUAUGAAACUGAAAUCUAAGAAUGUCCAAGACCCUGGAGAUCUUGAAUAUUUAGAUGACAGUGAUAAUAGCCGAGCUUCCCACUUCAAGGGAAGCAGCUCCAGUGGUGGCAGUCUGGGUAUCCUACAUAAUGUUGAAGACGAACCAGCAAAAGAAGCCCCCGCUCUUCCUUUUGACGACGACAAAUCAGAAGCGGGAACUAUUGUCAGCAAGUCUGGUCGGCGACGAAAAAAGAAAAAAGACACUGGUGAUGACAUGGCGAGUCCGCUUUCUACCAAGAAGAAAACCCGCAGCCGCAGCAAGAGCAGGAGGGGUGCUGCUGGUGAUGAUGUCAGUGUCAAGUCCAGUGGUAGCCGCAAGCCGAGAAAAGCAAGCAAAUCUCGAAAGGCCAAAGUUAAGGUCAAUGCUUGGGGCGAAGAAGUGGAAGAAGUCUCGGAAGAUGAGACCUACGUCCAUUCUCUCUAUGGCGGUGAUGAUGGUUCCACUUCAAAACCACGUCGUAGACGCCGCAAAAAGAAACAAAAUAGCGUUGAGGAAGAUAAAGCAAAAGAGGAACGGCGACAAGCGUUCAAAAAGCAAAUGUCUACAGAUAUGCUUUUGUCAAAGAAGAAUUCUGAGGAAGUAGAAAAACGCCGACUGGCUUUGGAACAAGAAUUGGACGCUAUGUUCGAUAGAAAAUUGCCCAAACUCAAGACGGAAGACGAAUAUACGCCACCUCCACCACCUCCUCCAGUACACCCACAAGCCAAACGACGGGACUCCGCGGGUAGCCGUCAAUCGCGGCAACUCAGCAAUGGCAAGUCUCCCAGGAGUGCGCGCAGACAACCAAAGGACGAAGAAGAAUUCGAAGACGACACCAAAGACGACGAUAUUUACAGCCAAGAGGACGAUCUUCCUCCAAUUCGUAACCUAUCCUUUAGUCAGCGUCGGCAACGAACUACUGACGUUCCAGAAAUACCUCUGAAGGACCAGAUUUCGCAAGACAACGAAAAUUCGAAUAGUCAUAAAUCAGAAGCCUAUGAGUAUAACAUGGGUGACACUACUACUGAUGAAGACGACGAACACAUUGUCGAGACUCCCGGCAACAGUCGACGUAAGACUCUGAGGGAUAGAGACGGUAACGAAUCCGUUUCGAGUAAGAAAUCCGUCAGUAGCAGAAUUAGCUUGUCGAGCAAACGAUCUCCUCGUUUCGCCAAAAAAAGUUUGGACGAAGUGAGCGCGGGAGGAUUUAGUGCACGGAGGAACAGUGGCAAAGCGGAAAAGAGGAGAUUUGUGGAUGAUAUGCUCGAUCAGCUCGAAGAGUACGAGACCAAUGUGGACGACGAACAAAUAAACCUGCGCAAAAAGCUCGAAUCCAUGGCCAUGGAAAAGGAAUACCUAGAACAGAAGAAUCGCCAAUUGGAGUUUAGAGUUGAAGAACUCAAGGAAAAGGCUGCCGAAACAGCAGAUAGGUUGGACACUGCAGCUCGAAACAAGAAUCAAUCGAGCAAGGAAAUCGAACAACUGCAGAUUGAAAAUGACAUUUUGAAGCAACGUGUGCAACGACACGAAGCAGCAAUGCUGAGGAUGAAUUCGUCCCGCAGUAUCCGGGGCAUGAGGUCCAUCAUUCACAAGGGCGAGGACCCAGAGGAGCAUGAACAACAGUUGGCAGAAAAGGAUAAGGAGAUUACGAAACUGAAAGCGGAUUUGGCACUUUUGCGAGACCAGCUCCGGUACAAGACGGAGGAUUACGACAAACAAGCGGUCGAGUUACACCAGGCUAGAAAGGAAGUAGCUGAAGCCAGGACUACUUUGAAGCACACGGGCACUUUCAAGUACCACAACAAGUUUGAAAAAUUGAAGGAAGAAAAGAAAAAGAGUAAGACUGGGGCGGAAGUAGCACUCUCCAGCUUCUUUGACGACUAA